AUGAACAACUGUAAAAUUCGCGGCGGCUCUUCAGUUCACGAACCAGCCAAAAUUCGAGCCAGUUCAUACACAUCCCUAGAUAUUGCCAAGCAAAACGGAGCAGAAAAGCAAUUUAAACGUCCUUUCAAAUACUUAGAGAGAGCCAUCAUGCCCCCCCUCAGCUUCCUCCAGACUGAACAGCCGCAGGUCCUUCAGCCUUUCCUCCUAGGGCUUAGUCUCCAGCCCCCCGAUCACCCUCAUCACUCUCCAUUGCACCUGCUCCAUUCUGUCCACGUCCUUUUUGAAGCGAGGCCUCCAGAACGGCAAGCAAUGAAAGUCUCCGAUUUAAAUAUGAAAGAAAAGUGGACAGAUAUGGAAGCAAUAGAAGUAGAACAUGCCACUGUGUACAAGAACGUUCUAGAAGGUGCCACCAACCGCAAUCAUGUGUGCACCCACACAGAUAUAGAUCUAGCGCGAGAGACAGAUGUUGCGAAAGCCUCCUCUGGAUUUCUGAAGGGGGAAUCUCUGCAGGCACCGAAGUCCCACAAGGAUGCCAGCUCUGGUCAGUUGCAGAAAAAAGACUGCGGCAGAAAAAGACUUGCAGAAAAAAGACAGUUGCAGAAAAAAGACUGCGGCAGAAAAAAACUUGCAGAAAAAGACAGAUGCAGAAAAAAGACUGCGGCAGAAAAAGACUUGCAGAAAAAAGACAGUUGCAGAAAAAAGACUUGCAGAAAAAAGACAGUUGCAGAAAAAAGACAGUUGCAGAAAAAAGACUGCGGCAGAAAAAGACUUGCAGAAAAAAGACAGUUGCAGAAAAAAGACUUGCAGAAAAAGACAGAUGCAGAAAAAAGACUGUUGCAGAAAAAGACAGAUGCAGAAAAAAGACUGUUGCAGAAAAAGACAGAUGCAGAAAAAAGACAUUUCCAGAAAAAAGACAGGCAAAAAGAAUGA